AUGUCGUGUAAACCUAGUAAAAUACUAGAGCUAGGAGAUUUUGUUGGAGGAGGUGCAUGUGCCAAGGUUUACAAGGGUCAUCAUCUUGAAACCAAUGAUACAGUGGCCAUCAAAGUUCUCAGUAAGAAAAUGAAUACUAAUGAGGAAAUCAACCGCGAGAUUCAAAUCCUCAAGAACUACUCUAAGCACGAGAACAUAGUAUCAUUCUAUGGAGAGUAUUCAGAAACGAUGGGUGAAGUAUGGAUUGCAAUGGAAUAUUGUGGAGGCGGCAGCAUUAAAGACCUUAUAACGAAUACACCCACAAGGACACUUCCUGAGACUUGGAUUGCCUACAUCAUUCGGGAAGUCUUAAAGGCCUUGAAAUAUCUACACAAGAAUCUCGUGGUGCACCGUGACCUAAAAGGCGUUAAUAUCGCACUGACUGAAGAUGCGAGUGUUCGUUUGAUUGAUUUUGGUCUCAGUAAGAAGCUGGAGGGUCGAUUUGAUUCCUUUGAAGAGCCAGUUGGAACACCUUAUUAUUUUGCUCCAGAGAUGUGGAAGUGCAUAUUUAGCAAUGCAUCGUAUGGUUGCAAGUGCGACAUAUGGUCUUUGGGGAUUACGGCCAUUGUAAUGGCAGAAGGAAUGGACACACUGGGUUUAUUUUGUGGCUUACGCAGUAAUCCUCCCACAUUAAGAGUUAAAAGCAAAUGGUCUACUGAAUUCAACUCCUUUUUGGGUCUCUGUCUUAAAAAGAACCCAGAAGUUAGAGGAAGUGCCGAACAGCUACUUAAACACCCAUUUGUGAGGGACCUACAGAAUGUAGAGAUGGUCAGAGCAGAGAUUCAGAGUCAGAUCUAUAGGGUCAAGAAAGCCAAAUCGGAGAAAGAACAAUCUAAACGUAAAUCGGUGGCUGCCAUUAAAGCUUUCCAUCGGAACAACCUGCGCGUAUCUAAUGCUAAGAAUCUGAAUCCGGAAGAUCAUACAAGCUCAGCUAUUGUUGAGGGCCUACUAGAAGAGGAAGUAGAGCCAGAAGCAAAAAAAGAUGCUACAGAUUCCAAAGAGUUGGCCUCACAAGCUGAUAUUGAAUCAGCAAAUACUGAGGAACCCGUUUCAAAAGGCAAAAAUGAGGCAAGUGACGCUGACAAAUUGGCUCAACAAACUGAAGACGCCUCAUGCAAUGGUGAGGAAAAGAUCACCAAGUGCAAUAAAGAGAUAUCUGAUGCUGCAAAGCUGGGCUCACAGGCCGAAGAUAACUCAGAUACAGAUGAAGAACUAUUCCUAGAUGCUCUUGAACAGUUAUUCAACUCGGAUUUCACCCGAAAAACUGAAACUGCAGCCAGUACUGAGGAUCAAGUCAUGGAGAUCCUAAAGACCCCAAAUGAAGCUAAAGAAGAAGGCCAAAGAAAAGCUGAAGAGGUCAUAUACAAAGCAAUGGCCAUAUUUUACUUAUUGAGUUUUGCUGUUUUCCUGUCAGGAUUUGCAUUUGGGUUUCUGAAAUAA